GUUUAGACUUCAGUCGGCACCCGCGACUCACGCGGUUAUGAGUUUCCUUCGUUUAUCGAUUUAUCCACGCAAUCGUCCGAUCGGUACAAGUGAUCAAUCAUUAUUUCGUCCGAUCAGUAUACAUUUAUACGUCUUACUUAUCGACCGAUGAUCGAUUUAUAAAAUCAUUCGAUGACUACUACGCGACAUUUCCACAUCGAUUGAUAUGUUAUAGUUUUUUCUAUUUCACUUGAAGAAUACAUCGUACAAUAUCGAUUCGAUUUGUGAAGUCAUAUAUACAAGAAGUUAGACCGUCUGUUAGAUACGCAAAAGGUCGCUGGUCGAGGUUACAGGCACACCGAUAUUCAAGACGCAGCAUUAUCAUUUACGAUUACACAAAUCGAUUGAGAGAACCACAUUGCGAUUUAGGAUAGUGUCAUAUAUGAUCUACAAUUUUGUAAAUUUUUACAUAUUAUCUCGAAAAAUUGUUCUUGAAGAUAAAUCACGAAAUUUAUUUUAUUAUCACAAUAUUGCUUCGAAGACAUUGAGAUCCGUAUGAUCGAUCAAUAGAAUUGAAGAAUAUAUCCAUUUCAUGACAUUUAAAAUUCAUAAAGCGAAUCUUCAGAACGUUUAAAAAAAAGGAAUAUUUUCAUAUUGGAAUUGUGCAUGUCAAGUUUUGAAUAUAUCGAGAUCGAAUGCACAAGAGGACUUGUCAGAAGCAACAUCACGCACAAAGUAUCGGGAGUGUUUCGAAAGUUCUAAUUUUUUCCUGCCGGUAUAAACAGCGACAUCGUCGUGUUCACUUGUCGUAACCGUUUCCCCUCUCUGUGUGAAACUGUGACGCAGCCCUCUCUCCUUUCCACGCGCUUCGCAUUCCCGGUCGUUUCCACUUCUUUUCGACGGACCACUUGGUUCGACGUGUCCUGGACGACAAUUUUAUCGGUCAUCGAAAGGCUAUGCGUCCACAACGAUUCGACCGUCAGCCAACGACGUCUUUAUCUACCUCGUGCACACGAACGAUGUUUCUUGAGUUUUUCGACGAGAAGACGCGUGUCCCUUAAGGAGAAGCUCAACGACGUGUAAUCGUGUGCAUACUGAUCGAAGUUCCUAUCGAAGAAAGUUCCCAAGUCCUUUAUAUUGGAAAACUAUCGUUAUAAUUACGCCAUACUGUACUUCUUUUCGUUCGAUCGUCACACACGAUAUCUAGUUUCUUGGUUAUAAGCAGACGAGAAGAUAUCGAUAGAAGGAAACACGAUCUUGCCAUUGUCCCGAUCGCAAAUUCAUGGGUUUUAUGAAGCGUCAUCGACAAUCUGGGAUUAUAGAGUAGAAGAUUGCCGGAGAGAAUAGCAAAUGGAUAUAGAAAUCGUUCUUUAGACGUGUUGAGAAAGGAGACUUGGAAAAAAGAAAGAAAGAAUAUCGAGUGUGUGUAUAUAUAUCAGUAUAUGUAUAUCUGUAACGGCUAGUACAAGCGUGUGCUCGUUUUUUUUCUUCCUUUUCUUCUUUUUUCGUUCCCUCGACGCGUGUUCGUACGACAGAGAGCAACGUGUGUGUGAUCGCGAGUGAUCGUCAAGAACAUGGGAGUUCUGUUGGUAUCGGAUGGCACAGCGGCGGUUCAACCUCGUAUGAAUUUGAACACUGUUAAAGCUGCGGGAGCGCAGCGUGCGAUCGACGUUGGUAACGAGACGAAUAACAAUGUAAACGGCCUGAGAGACGCGAAUAGUCCGAUGCCGACGCAGGUCGUCGGUAUAAUCAACGUGGUCAACGACGAGCCGGUGCGCAGCUGGAUGCCACCUCCACCUAAGAAAAAAUGGAUACGACAUUAUCUGCUCGAGGAGGAGCCGUUGGAAAAUAAUAGGACGAACGGAAAUCACACGGCGAGCGCCCGAGGUAGCCCCGUGAUCUCAAACACGCGAGUAACGCCACCCUCGGCGAGCGCGAACUCGGCUCAUCUGACCGCCCUGCACUCCGCGUCGCACCACCACCUAUCUCAUCACCAGCAACAGCAGCAGCAACCGGCGCAGCAGCAGCAGCAACUGCAACACCAGCAGCAGCACCAGCAGCAGCAACACCAGCAGCAGCAGCAGCAACAUCACCAUCAUCAUCACCAUCACAACAAUCACAACAGUACCCAUAAUCCUUACGUGGAAAAUCAUAAUUCGAAUCACGCGCAACAGAAUGCUGGCAAUCUCGUCGUCGACGUUGAACCGAGCCACGACAAUAAGAAACAUCGAAAUGGACCGUGCGUAAUCCGUUCUGGCACCAGAGAAGUGCAUAACAAAUUGGAGAAAAAUCGAAGGGCACACCUGAAAGAAUGCUUCGAAUUGUUGAAGAGACAACUUCCUUCACAAGAAGAGAAAAAAUCGUCGAAUCUUUCGAUUCUUCAUGCUGCGAUCAGGCAUAUACAUAUGUUGAAAAGGAAGGAACGUGAUUAUGAACAUGAAAUGGAAAGGCUUGCCAGAGAAAAAAUUGCUGCACAACAGAGAUUGUUAGCUUUGAAGAAAGAACUUGCUGCUACGUGGGAUCAUAUUGAUUUUAAUACUCUUUUACCAGAACAGAAUUCGGUUGCCGAUAUAACGGCUACGAGAAGUAUUUCAGAAAACAUGGAGGUUGAUGUGACUGGACUUGCUCGGGGUGGUACAAGGUAUAGUAGUACCAGCAGUCUGAGCAGUGCAGCCACGGUCAGUUCACCACAGACACUUCAAACCAAUAGUACGACUUCCAAUAUUCAUAAUCAAGUUGCCACCGCAGCUGUAGUUUGCCAAACGCAAGGAAUGAAUCUUGCACCAAGUUCUAGGGAAAGUCCACCUGCAAGUUCAAGUCCUGGAUCAUCCGCACCUAGCAUUCCUACUCCAGCACAGGAGAAAGUUAAUACUUCACCAACGGGUAUAGUACAGCAGCCGCACCAGCUGCACUUACCGAUCAACGCUCAGAUAUUGAACACGAGUCAAGGUUUACCAACUAUCGUCCCAACGCUUCAACACAUCGGACCGAGUUUGAGGGUGAUACCCGGUGACACAAGGCAACUUCUGGUUACUCACACAGCUGGCAAUAACGAGUCCAGGCCGCUCACGUUAGCUGUGCAAAACUCGUCGGAUCAAUCGAGGCCGCUCAUUGCCGUGCAAUCGAACACUGGAAGUGAGCCAAGGCCCGUAGCGCUGGUCGUUCACUCGUCCACGGCCAACGACAACAGGGUAACGAUCGUGCAUUCUAAUCUAUCCAACAACGACAGGCCGUUGGCCCUAGCCGUGCAAUCGUCCGCCAAUGACGUCAGGCCAGUUACAUUUGUGCACUCUGCAAACGAGGGAAGGCCGUUAGUUCUUGCAGCGCAUUCUCCUGCAUUGAAUGUGUCAAAUGCUCAAACAAGGAUAAGAGCGGGAGAUGCGCAAACCACGCAUAAAAUGGUUGGUGGUGUAACAUUGGUAGGCGGAAAUGGAUCGGAGUUGACCAGACUUCCCGGUGGCGCUGAAUUAAACAUACUCCCUGCAAAUGGAUUGACGUUGAGCCACACAGGAGUGUCGCUUCAAACCACAACAGGUAAACCAGGUUCGACAGUGAUGCAAAACGCUCCGUCCACAGAGGGUAUAGCUCACAUCGUUGGUCCGCACACACCCCUUUCCGGCUUGACACCAAUUGUCACGCCGAUGACCGUUGUUUCGCAAGGAAAUCAAGUGACUGCUCAUAUCCUAGCCCCCUCCAGCCUUGCGGGCAAAAUGAUAACCACCCCAAUUUUAAAAUCUGUGGCACAAAUGCCGAUCGUGAACGCUCAGUACAUCAAUACCACCACUCUGGUGAAGCCUGUUGUUGUCGUAAGUUCACCGUCAACAUCUACACCGCAAUCGACGACGGCUUCCAGUACACAACCUUCCUCGACCACACAUUCGACCGUCUGACAGAAUCAAAAGAAAGUGAAACUAGCUUGAGAAACGGCUAGCGUUCUGUGUAUCGAAGCACGAAAUUGCGGAGAUUACGGAAUAUCGGUACAGAUGUCCAUGUUUUGUUAUUAUUUAACGCGUCUUGCGUGUAUAGAAUCAACGACUAUACACGAUCGAUACAAUAUGUUGAUGGGAGAUAAAAUAUAAAAAUGGCAAAUCCAAUUAGGAAGAAUAGAUACGAAGAAGAGAAUUCUGCCCGUCAUGCUAUUCCCGACAUCGAAGGAGAAUUUUUUAUUUUUUAAAACUUCAAUUGCGUUCCUUCGUGUUUUGAAUUUUGAAUGUUUAUGCUCUUUUCUAGAGAGCGAGACGACUGAAAUACAUGUAAAGGUGUUAAAAAUGCCGUUGCUCAACUCGUGCGAUUGUGCAUAGUACCUCGAAUGCUUUAGAGACGUACUUAUCAAAGGCAAAGUUUUUGAUUGGAAAUUGAACAGACGCAAGCGUCAUAAAAAUUAAUACAAUAAGGCAGCUUCAAAUGAAAACAAUUUUCUUCGCUUUGUUCAGAAGCAACGAAAAAGAAGGAACCACAUUGACAAUGAAAUUUCUCAAUGUGAGCAUUUAAUAUUUAUUCUAAAUUCAAAGUUUCAAUCGUUUAUUUGGUGAAUUAUUUUUUUUUCUUUUUUUUUUUUUUCAUUUACAACAAACUCCCGGGAAAUGGAAUGAUCUUAUAAUCUUGUUAUACAUUAUCUGUCAAAAGAUUUCUUUCAGGAAUUAUUUUAGAUUAUAUAUCUUAUCGUGCAUAUUUUGAAUGAAUUCUAUUGACAGAUGGAACCAUUUGGACUCGUAAUACUGGAAUAUUGUUUGCAUGAUUUUUAAAUUGCUUGACCGCAGAGUAUGAGAGAUUUAUAUAUAUAUAUAUAUUUUUUUUUUUUUUUUGGUAUCUUAUUGAUGAAGUUCAGCAAAGGAAAGAAACUAAACGACUUUAAUGUUUAGAUAGAAUGAUGUUUAAUUAAAGAAUUGUAUGAUAUAUAAGAUUCGUUUAAAUGUUUGAAAUUGAUCGAAAUCUUGAAAUUGGAUGGAUGAUAAAUAUGCUUGUGCUUUUAAAUUAAUCAUAUAUAUUAAAUAGUGGCUGUGGAAAAACGAUAAUCGUUUACGCCUAUAAUUUACUUUUGGAUAUUAGAUGAUAAAUUGAAUUUCCAUUGCGUAGAUAAUGCAUAUUUUUCGUUUUUCUUUUUUCUACAUAUGUAGACUAUGCUCAAGUAUUUAUUCGUUUCUAUUUAUUUUACAAAAUGCAACAAUGAGCAUAAGCAAAACUUUUGUCUUGGCUUCGUAAUUUUGAUAUUUUUAUCUGGUUCAUUUCAAAAGAGCAUUCAUUUGUGAUCUUUUUUUUGUUGAAGAGCCAAACGAAAGAAAAAGAAAGAAACGAAAUAAGGGAAAAUAUUACAUAAAAGUGAGUAACCCGCAAAGCACUUAUACAUCCUGUGGACGCCGGAUCAAUUGUCUAAUCUAAAAUAAUUGUUAUUAUUUUACUCAGGAAAUUUUUUCACUUUUCUAUAUCAUACCAUAUAAAUAAUUGCAAUAGUAUAUUUCCAAUAAGUUUCAAUAAUUAUUUUAUAUUAUUCUAUAAAAUAGCUCAUAUAGAAAUGGCAAACAAAUAUGUAAUCUAAAUUAAAUAUAUGCAUAGUUUUCUCCAUAAAAUUGUAACGAAUUAUGUUUAGCCAAAGAAUUCUGUAUUAAAAAUAAGAAAAAUUAUUAUAAUUCCAAUAUUGUAAACGUAUAACUUGAAUUAGAUAGAAAAGUAUGGAUAGAUUUUUGGUGAUCUGGCGUCCACUAGGCAAGGGUUAAUUAUAUAGUAUUCUUGUUUCUGAAAAAAAUGUGUAUAUACAUGAAUUUAAAUCGCAGAUAUUAUAUUUUGCAUAAUAUUUUUCUGCAAGUGUUCAGAUGAACGAACGGGAUAAGAAAGGAAAGCUUCUGAUUCGCGUUGCAAGAGGAAACCGGAAUUAUUGUAUACGUACAUAUUAUUAUCGUACUAUUUUAAAUUAAUUUUUCUAUGCGUAAAGUAAAAAGGAAAAAAAAACAAGUGAUUUAUGUUUCAUCUUGCAAUAUAAAAGCUUUUUGAGCUUUCAUUCGAUAUACUCGAUACGAGACCGUUAAUGGUGGUUUAUUCAGUGUGAAUAGUUUAAAUGGUAUAAAAUACAAUGUUUGUAAUUUACACGAACAUCUUUAAUUCAUUUUUAUGAAUGAUCGCUGACAAUUCUACAAUCGUCGUUCCAAAUUUCUUUUUAAUAUUUGAAACUUGUCAAAAUCUUGUUGCAGAAGGUACAAAAAAUAAGCUCUCUCUCUCGUGAUUGCAAAUUUAUUUCUUCCUUUUGUUUUACACAUUCUUCCAUAAAUUUUUACUCUUUCGAUACAAGUAAUUUCUUUUUUUUUUUUUCUAAAUUUUUGGAAAAAAAUUGAAACAAAUUUUUCUUAUUAAGACAAUGCAAUGAUAAUACAAUGCAAAAAAAGAAAAAAAAAGUAGUUUCAAAAAAUUCGAGAACGACGCACAAAAGUCAUGUGUUUGAAAGCGUUUGUAAUUGGAAUUUUUAUACGUAUGUGUGUGAAUGUAUGCAUGUGACUGUUAACGGUCUCUUUCAGAAUUUGUACAUUAGUAUUAUUAUUAACUUGUAUUUGCGUAUACAGACAUAUAUAUAUAUAUAUUAUAUCUUGUUUUUUUUUUUUAUUUUUUAAAUUAUUUAAUCAAAGGCUUUUUUUUUGGUCAGUUUAAGUGCUGAUUAUGUAUGUAAUAUGCGUGGGCGUUGUGUCUCCUUGCGGAAAUUCGUCGAAGGAUCUAUUAAGUUAUUGUUUAGCGGAGAGCAAUAUUAUUUUCAAGAGAGGGAUUAAACGUCUAGGAUUUCGUGAAUUGUUAUCUUAUUUUAGAAACGUUGGAAACGUCACCAAAUAUGCUUUGACGCGUUCAUUGUAGUCACGGAUUUUAAGCUAUUCGAAAUUAAACGAUCACGUAUGGCUAUAAAUAUAAUUAUAAUAUCACUAUAUUAUACUAUAUAAUUAUAGUAUUAUUAUAUGGUAUAUUAUAUAAUAUUAUACAUAAUAAUAAUUGUAACAUAGUUAUAAUUAUAUAAUAAUUAUAAUUUUAGUUAUAAUUUUGAUAAUCUUGAAGUAUAAAAUGUAAAAUUUUUUUUUUUUUUUUUUUGAGCAAUACUCUGAUUCGUACUAUAUUCGUACUAUUCUUAUUUUGUCUUAAUUAUCUUAAUUACAAGUCAACGUUUGAAAAGUAAUUAUUUUAAUCCAUUGCAACAUAUUGCUACAAUGAACGCGUUAAACGAAAGGAAAUAUACAAAUAGCUACACUUCGUUUACUCGGAACUUGUUUCGAUGAAGUACUGUUUGUGAAAUAACUAUAAUAGUUAUCAAUUAAACACUACUAAAUUAGUAGAGUUUACUAAUAACAUUAAUCAAUUAAUGGUAUUUCGACUUACGCAUUCGAUUUACUAUUUAAUCGAAAUAUCUUCAUCAUCCCUGAAUAUUCAGGAGAGUUAUGAAGUUGAUUCCAAAGUUGAUUAUUAAAAAAAAAAAUAGUACUUUAUUGUAACAUCUGUUUAAUUGAAGAAGAAUUUUAUAUUCUUCGCAUCGCACAUUCUUCUGUUCGCCAUUUUUUUCAGUAUUAUGACGUCCAAUGGUCACGGUGACUUUUUCAUGUUUCAAUGAAAGUAGAAAGAGUUGGAAGAAUUUGCCAGAUUUUAUAUUGUUAUUAAAUUGUCGCUUUGCGUUGACCUUUCGAUUUCGAAUUCAUUGAACGCUUUAAUUUUGGUAAUUGAUGAUUAAACGAAAAUGGAAUGGUAGAGAUAGUUCACGCAUGACACACGAAAAAAAAAGAAAGAAAGAAAGAAAGAAAAAAGAAAUUGCUCGAGAACGUAGAAUUUGGCGCAUGCACUAGUCAUUUUUCGUUCCCUCCUUGUUGGAUGGAACCGUUUCUCCGCUGAGCUUUCCAAUUGCAAUUCGAGACACGUUUGUUUAUUAAUCUUUUUUUUUUUUUUUUUUUUUUUGUAUCUUUUAAAUCCAACAUUGUGAAGCGUGCAAUGGAUUACUUUGUAGAUGUUGGGGGCAUUCUUAACACAUUACGCAGAAUAAAACAGCAACAGACGAAGGCGCAAACGAAUGUUAUUAGUUAUCGGUUCCUUCGCUGAAUGCAAGGCGAAUAACGAAAAAUAUCAUUUAUCUUAUGUUUGUAAAAAAAAAAAGGAAAAAAAAAAAUAAUUUUUAAAUUAAUACAAUGAAAUACAUAGAUACGAUAAAGUAUAAUUGUAACACUAGAAUUAUAAAACCCUUCAAAAUGAAUGGGUUUUAAAAUAUUUUAUUUUUAUAAUUAUUUUUAUUGCCCAGACAUAAAUUAUAUAGGAAGUAAGCCCAAAAAUUACAUAAGGACUAAAUUUUUUUAUAUUUAAUAUAGAAAAACGAAGAUGUUUGAAAGGAUUAAUUUUUUACUUUUAUUGUGAUAGAAAUGAAAUUGUAAAUAAUGUUUAUUUUUCAUUACUAUGUAUACAAUGAUAAAAUCAAGAUUUUCAUAUCAAACGAAGCAAUUCCUUCAUAAAAUGAAGGAAUCUUGUUGUCUUUAAAUUUUUUUUUUUUUUUUUCAUUUUUCUAUGUUACUUAAAUAUAUUGUCAUUUAUAAUAUAUUAUAUAUAUUAUAUUAAAAUAACAAUAUAUUAGUAUAUUAUAUAUUAUAUUAUUUAUGGUAUAUUACAUAUGAGUAUAUUCAGUGUUCUAGUGUUAAAUAACAAUUAAAAAAAAAAGAACAAAUUGAUAAAUAAUUUGAAAAAAAAAAAAGAAAGAAAAUUUCAAAAAGGUUAUGCUCACCUUGCAUUUAGUGAAGAAAGGACAAAAAAAAAAGGAAGUUGAAUCAAAGUCGGAUAUUUGCUGUUAAAUAGCAAUUGCGAAUGAAAGUGAAUGCAGGGAGAGAAAAAGAAGGAGUGAAAAAAUGCAAACGAUAAAAAUAUCCGUUUUGUACAUAAAUAAAGGAAAAAAAUUUAAAAAAAAAAAAAAAAAGAAAGAAAAAAUAAAAGAAAUCUCGUCGAUCGACGGGGAGAGAGAAAGUAGAAAAUGAAAUAAACGUGCGGGAAAUCUAUGUGUACAUGAACAAUGUGAUAUAAGUAAUUAAUAAAAAAAAAAAAUUACUUAGCACUAUAGCGUUUAAGCAGAAACAAAAUGGAAAAAAAAGAAAAAUGUUAAACCGUUUACAACGUAGAUGUAUGAUUGCUAACUAUUAUUUACUAACAUCCUAAAAAAAAAAAUGAAACCGUAAAAGGAGUCUAAUUGUACAUAGAGUAAAAUGCGAGAGUGAGAGGGAACGAGAUAAAGAUAAAGUAGAAAGAAAAAGAUAAAAAAAAAAAAUCAUGAGAAAAUAUAAUUAUAUCGAGAGUCAAAAGAAUGCAGGAACGGAAUGAAAUAACAUAAAAUAUAGUAGAAAAAAAAAUGUAAGAGUGAGAGAGAGAGAAAGAGAGAGAGGGAAAGAGAGGAAGGGAGGGAGGAGAGGGUAAUGGAAAUAAGAAAAGUUGUAAUUCCAACGUGUCUCAUGCAUCCCUCGUGAUAAAUAUUCUGUAUAUUAUAUUUCUCGUGUGAAUGGAAUAACGAGGAGUGAAGAAAGAAGAAGAAAAUAAUAAAAAAAAAAAUGUGUGUUUGUGCAGUUCUAGUAAGAGUGUUGUUGUUGUUGUAGUCUAUGUCGAAUUUUGUUAUAUGCCACCGCUGGUAUAUAUGAAACACAUGAUAUAUCUCAUGAACCUCUUUGAAUGAUUUGUUGUGUUUGAGAGAGAGAGAGAGAGAGAGAGAGAGAGAGAGAGAGAGAGAGAGAGAUGGAGAAAUGAAAUAAAUAACACGAUGGAAAUAUAAAAAAAAUAUGAAAGAGAGAGCGUGACACACAAAGGAUCGAAUAUCUAGAUGCGUGCAACACUUUUUGUUUUCGAAAAGAGUGCGACAAAUUUCAAUACAAUCUAUUACAAUAAAAACGUAAGCGUGAAGCGUUGCCCAGUCCUCCUUGUAUCCGCCUUGAAUAUACAUAUGUAGAUGUCUGGCCGAUAAUUUUCGACCAAAUUUCAACGUGUGGUAAGAAAUUAAAUAGCAUGAGGGAUUAUUACGAUCAUAACACGUUCAAGAUGGUGGAAUAAUUUAUUGGGAGAUACUUCUAUCUAAUAUCUAACAUCAUAUGUUUGAUUAGAAAUAAAAAUAUUAAAUAUUAGAAUAACGAUACAAAUUAAAGAAAUAUAGGCCGGAUUUAUCUUAUUGCUUCAAGAUUAAUAUUUUGUAUUUAUUAUUUCUGUAUAAAAAUUAAAAAAAAUAAUAUAACGAUAGAAAAUCGUAACAUCGUUAAUGAAACAUAUCAAUUAAAAAAUAUUUAUUAUGGAAAUGCAUUUUAAUAUAUUUAUGGAAUUAAUGUACAUAAAAUUAAAUGUACUAGAUCUUUCAUUCAAAUAGUUGGAUAAUAUUUCUAAAAUAAUCAAAGAUGAAGAAAAUUUUCUCAUGCUCACAUCUAUUUACACGAAAAACCUUGUACAUUUCUGAAGCUUUUCCAGAGAAAAUAAUAAAAUUAUUCCAAUAUUGGCUUAAAAUAGAUUAAUAGAUCGCUGGAAUUUGAUGAUCAUAAAAAUUACUUUUUUUUCAAUUUUACCGCCAUCUUGAUCGUGUUAAUUAAGAGAAUUAAAAAAAAAAAAAAAAAGAUGGGAAUUCGAUGCGAAGGGGUACGAGUGAUCAUGUUUUCGAAUUAUUAAUUCGUAAUGUUUUUCGUUCUUAUAAAUGAUUGAAUGUCGAAUAAAUUAGCGAUGUUGUUGUGUGGUUUUUAAGGGAAAUAUUAUAAAGCGCUGUGAAAUUUGACCAGACAAAGGAGGAAACAUGAAGAUAGCGUGUAAAUAGAGAAUCGAAUAUGUUUUUUCUGAAUAAAUUCUACGAUAUCGUGGGAAUUUUUUUCCCAAGGGAAACAGCAGUAUUAGACUACUUUGUAAUUAUUAGUGACAUUAGGAACAUAUACAAAUUAAUUCGAGUUUCUUAAUUGCAAGAAAGUUAUUAUGUGUGUAAUGAGUUUCUUCGAUGAGUUAUACGAAUGUGAAAUUAUAAGUAUAUUAAAUAUGUUUUUUAUAAAUAUCAGAAUUAGUAGAAUGUCUAUCGUAUCCCUUCGCGUGUGAUGUUUCGAUAAAUAAUGGGUUACUAUAAGGAUUAUUAAUAAAAUCUAUUUAUUUCUAUAUAUAUAUUUUUUCAAAUUUAUUUUUAUUUUUAUUAAAUUGUAGAUAGAAAAUUAAAAUUUCUAAAAAAUCUUUAUAGUGACCUAUUAUUGUACAAAUCGUGAAGUGAAAUUAAUAAAAAAAAAAUUGAAAGAACUAUUAUAAUAAGUGUAUUCUAUAUUUCAAUAUUAAUGAAUUAAUAUUUAAUAUUUUUCUGAUGAAAGUAUAGAAUAUUAUUUAAUAGAAAGAAAUAAGCAUAUUUCUAAAAUUAUUUAAAUUUUUUAUUUUCACUUCACAAUUAUGUAAACUUUCUAAUAAUAGAAAUAUAAAUUGCAUGCAUAUUGAAUUUGAAAUCCCGAGCGUGAUCAAAAUGAAAGUGUAAUAAUGGAUAUAAUGUUACAACCUCAAAUCUCAUUUGUCUCAAUUUACCUCGAUGACCAGGUGGACAAUCGUCUCUUCAGUUGUUCGUUAUGGUGGUACACAAGCAAGAAGAAAUUAGGUUUUAAAAACAGAUUCAAUAAAAUGAAAAUCGAAAUCAAGUCUGUUAUUUAAUCACAAGUACACCAAAAGUCUUUUUUAUUGUAGAUUUUUUUAUUUUAAUCAAAUUUUCUAAUAUUGUUUACUUCUUUUUAACAAAAAAAGGAUUAAUAAAAUUCUAGUAAUAGAAAUUUUAUUUAAAAAUAAAAAAUAAAAAAUAUUAAAAUUUUAUAUUCAAUAAUAUGUUUUUUUAAAAUGUCCUUCAAAUAAAAUUUGAUAAAAUCAGAAAUCAGAAUUAUUUUUAUGACUGAAAAAUCAAUUUAUUUUCACACUGCGAUUUUAUCAUUGACAAUUAUUAUUAUACAGGAGAUAAUAUUCUCCCGUUAAUAAUUAAUAUGGUCACUGUCACUGCACACAGGAUGAUAGACGUGUGUCGAAAACAAGAAAAUAGAAACGAGAAAAUUACAAUAGUAGCUCGCAUCGCGACGAACGUGAUCCCGCAUCGAAUCGAUCGAUUCAUGGAUUGAUCUGAAAAUUCUCGACUUUAUUUUUAUCCAUUUAUUAAAAAUAUGCACUAAUUCAUAUCAUGUGUUCGUGUAAUGUUUUAUAUACGCUUGUGUAUAUAAUUAGUGUAUAUGUAUACACUAUACUAUGUUCACCAAGUCAGGUUACUAGAAAUAAAUAAACCAAAUCACGUGAUAUAUUUUACAAUUUCUAUUGGUUAGCGAUUGAUAUCAAGUUUUAUUACAUAAUUUGUUUAUUAUAACGAAAAUGAAUAUUAAUAAAUUUGUAAUUCAAUUUAUGUUUUUAUUAACGAUUAAAAAUUCUGCAAUUAAAUUAAUGUGAAAUUAAUACGAAAAGUAAUUUUCAAUUUCUCAGAAUUGAAUUCCUCUAGAUUUUGAUCACGUGGUUGUAUUUAUAUACGUGAAGUGACUGGAUUUGGUGAAUAUAUUUCGUGUAUUUCGUGUAUUUCGUGUAUGCAUGUGUUCCAUUACUUUCAAUUAGAGUAGAAUAUGACACAUUUGUUAAUAUUGUCCUCUAUCUACGCAUUGAGACAUUUCUAGCUCGUAAUUUUCAAAAUAUACAAUAUUCUCGUGUUCAUCGUUUACAAAAGACUAGAUUCAUUCUUCCUAGACGCUUCCAUUGUAGAAUUUCUUUUAGAAUUUCUAACUAGAAUCUUGAACGCUUUUUUAUUUAAUUUUGGUUUUUAAUUUGUUUUUUUUAUUCCCCGUUUUACGAUUUUUUCAUUUUUUCGUUAAACGCUUUUUCUUCUUUUGUUUCAUUUCUUUUUGUGAUUUUAUUUCACACUUUUUAAAAUUUUAUUUUAUUUUUUUGGUCAGUUUCACAGAUAUUUCUCGUUCGUCGAAGAUCAUCGCGAUUUAUCGAUACGUGUCGCAUACGUACAUAUACAUAUACACAUAUACAUCAUAUAUAGACUGAGUAUACAGUUGAGUUUUGCGAAGAUUUACAAUUCGAAUAACAGUACACCUACCCACCUUGUCGUGAUUGAAAGUCAUGGAUAUGUAUCUUGCUUUAAGAAAAAAAAAAAUUUAAGAUAUAAUGCAAUUAAAAUAACGAAAAUUUUUUGUGAUUUAAUAUUUACGAAUAUGAAGAUGUAAAGAAUUAAAGAUAUUUUAAAGUAUUUUAUAAAAAUUUAUUAUUUAUAUUUUCAUUAAAAUUUUAAAAGUAUGAAAAAUAUCAAAAACAAGAUUAAUAAAUAUAGUUAUAUAUUUUGUUUGAUUAAUCAAUUGUAAUGAUUAACCCAUGACUUUUAAUCCUCCUGAUAAUUAUACGUGAAUAUUCAAAACAGUUUGUUUGAAAAGAAUCUUAAUUUAAUUUAAAUCUAAAAGUUUGUUCACUUAUAACGUAAAAGGACGAAAUUUUUUUGUAUAUAUAUAUCGUAUAUAAGGAAAUUAAAGGAAAAUUAAUAUAUGAAAAGUAUAUUGUGAUUAUAGACUAUCUAUUAAGAUUCUUUGUACGACUUUACAAAUUGAAGAGUUAUGAAAUUACAUUAAAAUAAUACUGACUUAAAUUAUUAUAAAAUUAAAAAUAAGAAUUAUAAUAUAAAGAUGUGACAUAAAAUAUAAUAAAAUAAAAUAUAUUAUUAAUACAUUUAUAUUUUUAUAAAGGUACUAUAUAUGUAUGGUAUUUCAUAUUUAUAUAAAAUCAAAUACAUAUUUGGAACCAAACUCUCGAAUUAGAAACAUGUAAUUUUCUUUUUGUAUUUAAUUUAUGCUUAAAUUUAUAAAAUUUAGAAUUUUAUUUAAAACAUAAUUUUUUUUCUUGAUAAUAUUUGUAGAUUAUAAUCAGAUAAUAUGUAUAAUAUUAUGAAAUAUAUACUACUUUAAAUUCGUAAUUUAUAUUGAUAUAUAAUUUAAUAAUUAAUUACUUAUUUUUAAUUUUAAAGCAAUUUUUAAGCGAUUUGUUGUUACAUUAAUUUUAUAUAUAUAUACUUAAGCAUAUUAACAUGGUCAAUGAUGUAUGCAAAUUCAUUUUUGAUUAUUAAUAAAAUUUAUUAAUAAUUAGUUAUUAAUAAUAUUCAAAAUUUUAAUUGUUACCUUAAAUAAGGUAUUGUCAAUAUAUUAGAAAUAUCACAUAUAUAAUUUAUAAUAGAUAAGGAAUAUUAUGACACAUUUUUGCACAAAUUCGAGAAUUGGUUCGUAAUUAUCAUUAAUAUAGUUUAUAAAUUUUAUAAAUUUUUCGAUUAAAUUAUUUUAAUAAGUUUAAUAAUGCAAUAAAAAUGUUUAAUUACAAUCAUAAAAAUUAAUAAAAUUUUUAAACUACUAAAUUAUAUAAUUUAUUUUAAAAGAAAAUGCAAUUGAAUUAGCAACACAUGACAUAAUGCAUUAAAGCAUAUACACCAUUUUAAAAAAAUUGAUAAAAAAAAUUUAUUCAUUUAUUCUUUUUUAUCUAAGAAUGUAAUAAAUAAUAUGCGUUAUUUUAUUUAAUAAAGUAUUUAGAAUUUUUUUAAAACAAUAUAAAUAUUUCUAAAUAGAUUUUUAAAUUUUCUAUUAAUAUAACAAAAUGAAAUAAUAAAAAUAAAUAUUAAAUAAAAUAAAUUAAAUGAAGUAAAUUCAAGUUAAUUUUAAAAAUAGUGUUGCUAAUAAAAAAUAUUAAAUCAUAAAAAAUUACUUGUAAAAUCCACAAAGAUUGUUUAAAUUUUUUAUCAAUUUUUGUAAAAUAAAUUCUUUCUGAUUCAUAUUGAAAUGACAAGUAUUAAUUGAGUACUGGCGUAAAAAUGAAUAUAUACUAUAUUAAAAUUUUCAAAAAAACGAUUAUGUUAUUAAUUGAUAAAAUAUUUUGCAUCACAUUCUGAUAUUUUUAUUUUAAAAUCUUAUUAAUUAUCAUAAAGAAAGAGUUUUACAUUAUAAAAAAAGAUUAUAACCUCUUUUACAUCCAGUCUUCAAUUAUCAUUUCAUUAACAUAAAAAAAAACGAUUUUUUUUAGUAAAUCAACAAAUAUUAAUAAAAUAUUGACACUUGAUUAGUAAAUUAUGCUAAUAAUAUUCUUGUUAAAAUUAAAUACUUAAAUAUAUAAUAAAAUAAACACUUUAUGCUAUCAAAAAACGCAGCUACGUUUUUUCGCGAUUCACUUAACUAGGUUAGAACGACAAGGCGUAUUCUUUUUUUCAUCUUUUUCUGCUCUUCUCUUUUUUCUUUUAAUUAACUACACAAAAGUUUUGCACUACUAUUACAGAAGUAAUAUAUUGAUGGGAUUGCAAUCCCUUCGAACAUAUUGAAUGAAAUAAGAGAUUUUUAUGAAUUGUUAUAUAAACUUUGAAGAAAAUCCUCCGUUACGUGAAUCAUAGGUUAAUAGAAAACACCAUGUUAUAGUUAUGUUAAAAUAUAUGAAAAUCGUUUAUAUUUAUUCGUGAAUAAGUGUGAAAAAUUGAUCUCUAGAAAGUUGAACUUUUAAUUAGAAUUCAUCAAUGCAAGAUAUAUCUCUUAAUACGUGAUUAAAGACAAUAUUUUUUUAUCUUUGGUGAUUAUUUAAUGUAAUUACAAAAUAAUAUUUUGAUAGAUUUCUAUGAACAACUAUCAGUCAUUUUUUUCUUUUUUGACUCACAUUUUUUAAAUUUCAUUUGGAUUAAUAAUCUAGUUAAUAAUUUUUUACGAAUAUUUGCAAAAUGUUUGACAUUUUGUUUAUAUAUCGUUUUAUUAUGAAUAAAGUUAUUUAAUAUAUUUAUACAUUUAACUAAAAUUAAUUUUAAGUUAAAUUAAAAUUAAUUCGAAUUUAAUUGAGUUAAAAUUGAAUAAAAUGAAUUUUAUCAUUCCUUAAUUUAUAAAAAGAUAAUAAUAAUAAUACCACCAAUUACUCUAAUAUAUGAAAAUGAAAUUACAAAAUCUCUCCGAGAAUAUCAUUUUAACAAUAUGUUGAAAUAAAUAAAACAUAUCUUAAAACAAUAAUAUUGUAGAAAAUGUAUAUUAUUACAGAUUUUAGAAAAGUUCUAAAAUAUCACCAUAUAGACUUCUAUAAUUUUUCAGAAGUCUUCGAACGGCGGAGUAUCGUUGAUCGCAGAACGAAAGUCGAACACUUUGCGUGUAGGUAAUUCAUUUUGAUCAACAUUAGACAAUUUUCACAUAACACGUAAACGUCAGUUUUCUUCGUUUUCUCUUAUUUCUUUUCUCUCAUAAUAUCUGAACUUUUAGAGAUCUAUGAUAUUGAGAAAAAGAAGAACAUUUCGAGGUAAUCAGACAUUUUACACACAGCGAGUUCUCGCAUUGACUACUCAUCGGAAGGAGUGCACUAAAUAUUUACUAAAAAUAGCUUAUAUAAAACAUCUGUUUGAGAGCAAUAGAACUUUCUACUACUUCUUUUUCUUUUUUUUUUUCUCUCUAUUUUUAUAUAAUUAGCAUUUACAGCUUCGAUUUCUUAUUAUAAUAAAAAUACUAUAUAGACAUGGACCUUGAACUUACGGAUUACGACUUCUUUAAUAAUCUCUUUUCUUUUUCCUUUCAUUCUUUAACUUUUUAUUGAAUAUAAGUGCAUUUUGAAUUAAUUCUCUCUGUCAUUUUUUUUGUACUGCUCUAAAUGUACUAUGCAUUCUCAUUUUCUUGUUUUCUCUUUUUUUUCUCUUUUUUUUUCUUUUUUUUUUUUUGGUUAAUUAAUUAAUUGGGAAGACUUUGGCGACAAAUGGCAAUAUUCAUGCACUUCCCUUUUAGAGUUUGGCUCUUUUUUACUUUCUGUGAUCUUUGGUUUGAAGAUUUGUUAUACAAAUAUAAUAUGUAUAUAUACAUAAAUUAAAAAAUAUAAAAUAAAUAUAAAUAAAAUAUAAAUAAAUAAAUAAUUUUAGUUUCAACAAAAAUUACAUCAAAAUAUAUAAAAGAUAAAAAUUCCUAAAAAAAAAAAAAAAAAAAGAAAAAUAAAA